CAGGGCUCAUCAGCACAUGGUAAUAACAAUGAUGGCCAUGGCUUCCUGGCACUUUCUGCAUGCCAGGCACUGUUCUCAGUGCUUUAAUCCACAAAACAGCUUUUAAUUUUGCACGAUGGCAGUCAAAUGAGAGCAAAAGCAUUUCCAAAAACCAGAGAUUAUUCUCAACCUACUGCAGCAGCAACAGGACAGGACAUAGCAAAACCUGUCCAGCAACCAGCUAACCAAGCACCUCACCAAACUUUAGCAGCAAGAUUAAUGGAUGGUCACAUCACCUUUCAAACAGCGGCUACAAUAAAAACUCCAACAACUACUCCAGUAACUACAAAAAACACUCCAACCACCAGCCCAAUUAUCUACACCCUGGUCACAACCCAGGCCACAUCCAACAACUCACACACAGCUCCUCCACUUACUAAAGUUACAGUCGGCCCCAGCUUAGCCCCUUAUUCACUGCCACCCACCAUCACACCACCAGCUCAUACAACUGGAACCAGUUCAUCAACCGUCAACCACACAACUGGGAACGCCACUCAACCCAGUAACCAGACCACCCUUCCAGCAACUUUAUCCAUAGCACCACACAAAAGCACAACCGGUCAGAAGCCCGUUCAACCCACCCAUGCCCCAGGAACAACGGCAGCUGCCCACAAUACCACCCGAACAGCCGCACCUGCCUCCACGGUUCCUGGGUCCACCCUUGCACCUCAGCCAUCUUCAGUCAAGACUGGAAUUUAUCAAGUUCUAAAUGGAAGCAGACUCUGUAUAAAAGCAGAGAUGGGGAUACAGCUGAUUGUUCAAGACAAGGAAUCGGUUUUUUCACCUCGGAGAUACUUCAACCUCGACCCCAACGCAACCCAAGCCUCUGGGAACUGUGGCACCCGAAACUCCAACCUUCUGUUGAAUUUUCAGGGAGGAUUUGUGAAUCUCACAUUUACCAAGGAUGAAGGAUCAUAUUAUAUCAGUGAAGUGGGAGCCUGUUUGACUGUCUCGGAUCCAGAGACAAUUUACCAAGGAAUGAAGCAUGCAGUGGUGAUGUUCCAGGCAGCGGUCGGGCAUUCCUUCAAGUGCGUGAGUGAACAGAGCCUCCAGCUGUCAGCCCACCUGCAGCUGAAAACAACCAAUGUCCAACUUCAAGCCUUUGAUUUUGAAGAUGACCACUUUGGAAAUGUGGAUGAGUGCUCGUCUGACUACACAAUUGUGCUUCCUGUGAUUGGGGCCAUCGUGGUUGGUCUCUGCCUUGUGGGUAUGGGUGUCUAUAAAAUCCGCCUCAGGUGUCAAUCAUCUGGAUACCAGAGAAUCUAAUUGUUGCCCAGGGGAAAUGAAAAUAAUGGAAUUUAGAGAAUUAUUUCAUCACUUCCAGGAUGGAUGUUGGGAAGUUCCCUUAGAGUGUGGGUCCUUCAGACAAUGUAAACCACCAUCUUCUACUCAAACCAAGUGAGUCAUGUGUGAUUUAAGUUCAGGCAGCCUAUCAAUUUCUAAAUACUUUUUGUUUAUUUUAUGAAAGAUAUAGUAAGCUGUUUAUUUUCUAGUUUCCUUUAGAAUAUUUUAACCACUCAAAGUCAACAUUUGAGGUAUGUUGAAUUAGCAUAAUACAUGUAAAGUAGAAUAAGCCUUCAAAUUAUAAACCAAGGGUCAGUUGUAACUAAUACUACCUGUGUUUGCAUUGAAGAUUUUAUUUUACCCUUGAUCUUAAAACAAAUGCCCUUGCUUUGUUUAUCAAAUGGACUUUCAGUGCUUUUACUAUCUGUGUUUUAUGGUUUCAUGUAACAUGCAUAUUCCUGGUGUAGCACUUAUCUCUCUUUUUCCACUUUACAUUUUUUGUUUUUGUUUUUUGAGACGGAGUUUCACUCUUGUCACCCACGCUGGAGUACAAUGGUGCAAUCUUGGCUCACGGCAACCUCUGCCUCCCAGGUUCAAGUGAUUCUCCUGCUUCAACUUCCCAAGUAGCUGGGACUACAGGCACACCCCACCAUGCCUGGCUAAUUUUUGUGUUUUUAGUAGAGAUGGGGUUUCACCAUGUUGGCCAGGCUGGUCUUGAACUCCUGACCUCAGGUGAUCCACCCACCUCAGCUCCCAAAGUGCUAGGAUUAUAGGCAUGAGCCAUCGUGCCCGGCCUUAAAUGUUUUUUUUUAAUCAUCCAAAAGAACAACAUAUCUCAGGUUAUCUAAGGUUUUUUAGUAAAACCAACAAAAAGAACAAAUCAGAUUAUAUUUUUUAUCUUGAUGACUCCUGCUCCACAAUUGCUAGACUAAGAAUUAGGUGGCUACAGAUGAUAGAACUAAAUAAUAAAUAAAAGACAAUAAUAAUGGCCCUUAAUUGUUAACAUAAGCGCCAGACUCUAGGCUAAGCACUUUACCUACAUCUCAUUUCAUUCUCACAACUUAUAGGUGAAUGAGUAAACUGAGACUUAAGGGAACUAAAUCACUUCAAUGUCACCUGCCUGACUGAUGGCAGAGCCAGAGCUUGAACUCAUGUUGGUCUGACACCAAGGUCUUUGGUCUUCUCAUUACACCAAGUUGCCUACAAAAACAAUGACACCACACUCUGCCUGAAGGCUCACACCUGCCUGCAAGCAUACGCUCACCUUACGGGGAAACGGCUUUAUCCAGCAUCCUGAGACUUUAGAGUAGAUGAAAGGAG